AGGAGGAGGAGGAGGUCCAGCACUAGGAGGUCUCUUCGCAGGAGGCAUGCCCAAGCUUCGGUCCGCAGGAGGGACCAGCAACGGUAAUAAUCCAUCAUGUGUAUAAUAACAACCUACGAUGUACUGAAGCAGCCUCUUGAGGUUGUGUUCAUAUGGUUUGUAGCCGUGUUUGAGAUAAGCCAUGAUAACUAUCUUGAACAGGUGUAAUAUGUGUUGCUAUAUGUAAACUGUACUGCCUACCUUUUUAUACACGAGGGGCGGUCCUCAGGCCAAGUCAAUUACAGGUCUGUCAAAUGAAUGACACACACAGAGUUAACCAAAGUGCCAAGGUUAUUACAUAAAAAAACAAUAAUACAAUUCAUGACCCCCCCCCCCCCCCCCCCCCCCCCCCCACCCCACCCAGAAAAGGAACUCAGUCCGGUUGUGCAUCAUCAGUUCCUCUUGUCAUGUUAAACACUCUUUGUAGUAUAACACACUGGAGAUUAAACACUAUUUGUAGUAUAACACACUGGAAAUUAAAACACUCUUUGUAAGAUAACACAUUGGUGAUUAAACACUCUUUGUAGUAUAACACACUGGAGAUUAAACACUAUUUGUAGUAUAACACACUGGAAAUUAAACACUCUUUGUAAGAUAACACAUUGGUGAUUAAACACUCUUUGUAAGAUAACACAUUGGUGAUUAAACACUCUUUGUAGUAUAACACUCUUUUUGUAAGAUGAUGACACACUGGUGAUAAUUAGCAUGCGAAAGCACGCACGUAAAUUCAUACAACUUGCCUCUGCUCUCUAACCAAAUAGUUCCCUCUUAAAACCAGCCAGCCCUGGAGGACUGACAAAACAUACAAACAAACAUAUAACAAAGAAAAUUCAACUAGUCCGCCCGCCAGGGCAAUCCCAAAUAUUUUGCCCGAAUACCAGCUCAUUUGCCCGGGCGGACAAGACAAACCAAAAAAACCUACCUAAUGUAAGGGACACAAACAAUAACAGCAGCGAUAAGGCUUUACCAAUUCUCUGAAAAAUAUAAACAAUAAUUAUAACCCUGGCUCCUUUAUAAAAUAGCAAUAUUAAAACUUCAAUACUUUAUUAAAUACACAACAUUAUGAAAAAGACACGAUUCACAUUACAAUACCUUUCAAAGUUCCUGGGCUAUACCCUGUUCCCAGCCAGCACUCACAACCGGCUUCCAAGCCGCUUUUCCCCCAACAGCGUUGAAGAUGUUACUGCAAUACAAACCAUUGUUUUACAUAGCUGACGUUUACUUGCGUAAACGGUAAAACAUUUACAGAAAAAUAAACAAAAGUUGCUUACCAAAUGUACAGCCCAUGGAUGUCGUCCAUGGCAGAACACCGGCUCGCUAAUCGAGAGUUCCGGCUCGCUAACUUAUCCCCAAUUCUCACCUGGUCUCACACCAGGCUACAUAUAUUUCUGUAAUGCAUAGAGGACACUAGUUGGUUGAUUGUUUUUAACCGUAGCCCCAUGUAGGACAAAAUGAUGAUAGGCAAGGUGUGUGAUGUUUGAAACCCUUAUUACCCAGCAGGCCCUAGGCCCCCCAUGCUACCUCCAGGAGGUCGUUCCUCAGGCCCCAGACCGUUUGGUGGUGGGGGCCCCUCCGCUGGCCCUCCGCGGUUCCAAGGGGCCCCAGCCUUUCCCCGGAGCAGCGCCCCCGACCUCCCCAGGGGACGGGCUGGCCCCCCGCGACCAGAGACCCCCGGCGGACCCCCUCCCCCCGUCCCCAACACCCCACGGCCCAACCAGAGCCGAGGGACCCCGCCUGUUCCAGGAGGAGCCCGGCCCCCCAGCUCAACCCCGGCCCCUCCACCACCCAACCUUGCAGGCAGAAACCCAGGCCUGCCCCCUCCCCCUGGCCCUAUAGGGGCCCCGCCUGGGCCCAAAUCCUCCUUUGGGGCCCCUCCGGUUCCCAGUAGUGGACGUCCCCCUCUACCCCCGGUCCCCCACCCAGGCAGACCCUCGGAGGACCCCCGGCCCCCACCCCCACCCCUGGGGGGCCGCCGGCCCUCCACACUCAGAGACGGACCCUCACCAUCUUUCAACUCCAAGCCCCCCAGCUCAUCUUCCCCUCAGCCCCCCAUCGGCGGCGGUGGAGCUCCCCCUCUCCCUCCUGGCAGACCGGGCCUUCCCAUGCUGCCCCCUACGCCUGCGGGAGGAGACGAACACACCCCCAGACUACCACAGAGGAACCUGUCACUCAACUCACUGGCACCGGCGCCCCCACCUGGCCGGUCAGGGCCACUGCCACCCCCUCCAAGUGAGAGGCCGCCCCCUCUGGGUAAAAACCCCUCAGGACGGACGGGUAAGGAUGCUGCGCCCUUCAGUCUCCCCUCAGGUCACAUAAUGAUAGGUUCACUGUCUCUUUUUGGGUUAGCUUAGCAGCUACAAACAUAGCUAACCUUUCUGUGGUCAGUUUGUUCAGACAUCAGUACACAGUGUAUGUGUUUUGAGACUGGAUGGAAUGUAGUUAUCUUAUGUAGCUAUGAUGUGACCUAUAGAGAUGAUAUACAUGAUGCUAUUAUAUAGAACUAGUGUUGUAUUGAACUCUGUGGUGUAACCUCUUCCCCCCCAGGCCCGCUCCCUCCCCCUCCCCCCUCAGGUCCACGUGGAGGCAGUAUAAGGUCAUCUCCAGUCCCCUCACCUCCUAACCGACCGGGAGCAGAGCCCUCCCGUGGGGGACUCCGGCCCCCGCUACCCCCAGACCGACCGGGCAUAGGAGGCCCUCCUCCCCCACCUCCCCCCAUGGGCAACGGCUUCCAGAACUCCCAUCACCAACACGUAGGUGAGUGUAACGGAAGGAACUCGUGAUGAGUAACCGUGCUUGAGACCUUAUUUCCUAAUGCACCCUUAGCUCCCAUCGUUAAUGACUUGGCUUUAGCUCAGUGCGCUAACAGUUUUGUGGUGCCCAGGAGACCCGGGUUUGAACCCAGUUGGUCACAUAUAGCUCUUUAACUGACCCAACUGAGAGUUGUGUUUCUCUCUCUGUCAGAUGAUUGGGAGGCCCGGUUCCAGUUCCACCCUGUCUCAGACCUCCCUGUCCCAGAGCCUUACGUGUCCUGUCAGAAGACAUACCCGAGCAAGUUGACCAAGACCGAUGGCAGAGGUAGGAACCAAGGGCUUUCCUCCCAGACCAGGGUCAAAUGUCAAAUACUUGCGCUGCGCUUCAACAAACUCCAAGCUAAAUCAAGUGUUUGAUACAUGUAUUCAUUUGACCCAAGUCUGUUUCCUCCUGAAAGUAUUAAAAUGUGCCUUCAGAGUAUCUUCCUGUCCUUUACAGCCUGCUUGACAUGUCAGUGUGCCUUCAGAGUAUCUUCCUGUCCUUUACAGCCUGCUUGACAUGUCAGACUUCCUUUUCCCUCUUUCCUGUCCAGGUUCAGAUAAAAAGUCGAGGGGUGCGCCCCCGCUACCCCCUAUCCCCAGGUGAAGGAGGGGGUCAUGUUUGGGAUAUCUCCUCUUCAUCCAUCUCUCCAUCCAUCCCUCCAUCUGUCCCUCCCUCAGAGUACAUGGAUGUAAGUCUGUAACUCCCACUGCCUCUGUGUAUGAGGCUUAUAGCACCUCAUGGAUGGACCAUAUUUGCAGUGGGACUCACACAACCACGUAUUUCUGCCUGGAGUUUACAAAAUAUUGUCAUUAACGAACAGCACCCAAACAAACAAAGUGGCAACAGAGGCUCGUUUUAUAGGCUAUGCAUUUGGUUUUGCUCCACGAUGUAGUGUUGAAACGGUUUACUUUUCUUAUCAUUUUUCACUGUGCCUUUUUUUAAAUGCAGUUUUGUUAUGAAGGAUCUUUAUGAGAUUUAAGGGAAACAAUGAUGUUGAAUGCUGUGCCUGUCUUUGCCAAAGGGCAACCAAACUAUAGCAUAUAAAUUACAUUAUUCUAACCGUCAAAGGGUACUUCCCAUACGAUUAUCACAGUCAUGUGCAGUUCACGGCAUGUCUUGAACUUUGUUUUUUACAAGGUAGAGACAAAAUGGACGCUUGUGUGUUACUGUAUGUGUUGAUUGAACUUUAGGUGAAAAUUGAAUGUUUUAUUUUUGCCUUGAAAGAAAACAACUGUCACUGUCACUCAUGAAGGAGGUUAGUUUAACUUUGUAGGAUUUAAGUUGUUGGGAAGGAUUAUUUGUUUUUAUUUUCGAAGUUAUGUAUUUGACUAUUUCUUUGACUAUACAGUUACAGUAUUAUCUUCUGCUUCUGUACUGCUGCUCUGGGUAGCCUCCUCUACUUGAUAUUAACAUCAAGCUUGUCUCAGAACCACUUGCAGAGUGACAAUCCAAUAUUUGACCUAUGAAAGUAAAUCAUUAAAAUGUAUUAAAAUGUUAUACAUGAUGCUGAAGUUAUGAUACGAAUGCGCUUGCGCAUAGAAUUUGCGAGUGUUUUAAUGUAUGCUAGGAGGAUAUGAAAAUGGAUCAAAAUAUGCUGGAUGUAUGCUGAGUAAGGGCUAUGUUUGGCCUCAGUGUUUUCUCUGUUCUGUAAAGAUGAUAAUAUGUAUUUCUGAAGAGAGAAUGUGGAAAUGGCAUGAACAUGUUGCGUGUUUGACCAAAGACAAUCAGCUGCACUAGGACAUAGUCUCUUUCCACAGACUACCAAGGACCAAACAGCCAGAAACAUCCAGCAGAAAUGGAACGUUUUAAAAAGAGGACCAUUCAAGUUAGUUCCUCCUCAGGUGACAGGAAUAAUGAAUGACGUUCCUCAUGGGGACAUUUUUUCUUUCAGUCUUCUUUCAUUAUUAAUUAUGUUGUCUCUUGUGCCCUUGUUGUCUCUGUUAACCCAGAAGUAAAAUAUUGCGUAGUUUGGUCAGCUACACAAACUGCCCACGGGAGAUUAGUUCCCUAUGACAUUUACAAUGGUACUACCGAGUGCUUUAUGCACUUUGGAUUCAAAGGAAUUUAUCUUAUUUUUUAGAUGCAUUCAACUGCUUUUGUUUCAGCCUUUCAGUGUAUUUUCUUCCUGAAGCUUUUCAUUGUAAAACAAAACAAACUAUUUCCAAAUGGAUUUUCUAAAUAAAGCGAAUAAAGUUGAAA